AUGAUUGUGGAUAUUUUGAUCAAAGGAUUACACAGACCAAAUCAUGAGGCUUUCAGUAGAGCGAUGGGUCUGCGUUCAGGAGAGAAUGUUAUUAGAAACGGAGACAAGCGCCUCAACUUUGUACCAAACUCCGUUGAGGACACUCAAUUUAUUGGACACCUUCUGUUUCAAUUUUGCGUGGAGUAUGUGACUAGUCCCGUGGGAACACCACAAGAAGCCUGA